AUUUGUUCAAAGCUCUAGAUUGUUCUCCUUCUAAACAUUUCCUUCAAAUCAAGACAAAUUGGCUCUCUACCUUUUCCAGAUCUAUGUUUUCUGUUGCAUUUUGAACUGAAAUUUUUGGUGAAACUCUCUCAAUCGGACCUAAUUCUUGUUCCCCAACACUUUUAUGAGCUUUUCUUCCCCUGGUCUUUCCAUUUGUCAUGGCGGGCGCAUGUUAGGUUAACAUGCGCCGAGAGAGAAAGGAACGAAGAGCCGAAACUUUAUUUACUUGUUUUUUUCCCCAUUGGGGAGGGGGAGUAAAGGCUGAAACUUAAUUUGUUAACAAGAAAGUAUGUACGGUAAUAAUAGGUUUAUCAAAUUAACAAGGGAUAGUAGUAAUUAAUAGUUGAUUCACAUAAUCUGUACUCAAGUCAGAGAAGAAUGAGCCUAUCAAUUAAUAAGAAUUCAAAUAUUGUGCUUCUAACAAAACAUUAAAUGUAGGCUUGCAUAAAAUAAAUGUGGAUUAUUCACCAUGACUACAUCUAUAAAAUCUGGCUCCGACAGGACGUAGAAUACAUGAUUUCUCAUCGGAGAAGAAGACAUGAGUGGUUAUCAAAAAAGAAAUUUGGCCUUGUUUCUCUACAUCUACUGUUGCUUGUUUCCUCCAACGUUAUCCGUCGUUAAUGCUUCGGCCGGCGGAAAGUAUCAUGUCUACAUUGCAAAUGGGCUGCCUGACAACUUGAGAGUCAAUUGCUGGUCUAAUGACGAGGAUUUGGGCGACUAUAAUGUUCCGGUGAACCAACGCUUCCGUUUUACGACAACCACAGAAUUAGCCAAAUAUUUUGGGACAUUCUGGUGGGGCCAGAAGACCAAUGCUUUUGUUGUGUUUAGUUCUCAAGUGGCUUCAACGUAUUGCGGUGAGGCUGAUCCGAAUAUUUCUAGAAUAUGUUAUUGGUUAGUGACGUCAGAUGGCUUUUAUAUAGCCAAUGUAACUCGUCCUCCUCCAGAAGCUUUGACUAAAGUUCAUCCCUGGGCUAAUUAAUUAAAUCAUUACAAAGUAUUUUCUAUAGCUACUAAUAUAUACUGCUACCUAGAUCGGAUAAUGUAAUAGCUCAUUCCCUUACCAAGUUUGCCAAAACGGCUUCUAUAAUCGAAAUGAUUUGGAAUGACUUCCAAGUUUCAUUUCUCAAUAAGUGUUAGAC